AUGGUGGCAGUAUACAGGCUUAACUGUGUUUGUGUGGCUGCAGUCAACACAGAGUAGAAGAAGAAGAACAAGAUGGCGGAACGAGGCUACAGUUUCUCACUCACCACAUUUAGCCCCUCGGGUAAACUGGUCCAGAUUGAGUACGCGUUGGCAGCUGUAGCAGCAGGAGCUCCAUCAGUCGGCAUCAAAGCUUCCAAUGGCGUUGUCCUGGCAACAGAGAAGAAACAGAAGUCGAUUCUGUAUGAUGAGCAGAGUGUCCAUAAAGUGGAGCCCAUCACCAAACAUAUAGGCAUGGUCUACAGCGGCAUGGGGCCUGACUACAGGGUUUUGGUCCGACGAGCCCGUAAAUUGGCACAGCAGUAUUCUCUGGUUUACCAGGAGCCAAUCCCCACAGGCCAGCUCGUCCAAAGAGUGGCAUCUGUCAUGCAGGAGUACACACAGUCUGGUGGAGUGCGUCCGUUCGGCGUUUCAUUGCUGAUUGCUGGAUGGGAUGAGGAUCGCCCCUACCUGUUCCAGUCAGACCCCUCAGGUGCAUAUUUUGCAUGGAAAGCCACAGCAAUGGGGAAGAACUACGUGAACGGAAAAACAUUCCUUGAAAAAAGGUAUAACAAUGACCUGGAACUGGAAGAUGCUAUCCACACAGCUAUCUUGACCUUGAAGGAGAGUUUUGAAGGUCAGAUGACAGAGGAAAACAUCGAGGUGGGGAUCUGUAAUGAGGCCGGCUUCAAAAGACUUACCCCAGCGGAGGUGAAAGACUACCUGGCAGCGAUUGCUUGAACACACCCUCCCUGAUGACGGAGCUUUCCGGCCACAUUCAAGAAGACAUAACUGCACAGUAGCCAACUGUCUCAUGCCACAUUUUUGUUAACCAUAGUCAUUUAGUUUGGUAAACAGUGUUUGUCUUAAAACAUGAGAUGAUACCUGCAAUAAAUUCCCUUUAUUCAAGAUAACUGACAUAAUCUGACAGAAUGAGAAGGCCUUUUUUGAGAUAUUGAAAAAUACCUUUUCACUUAAAGUGACAGACUUGCGUGAGCAACCUGUACAUCUACCACUCACAUCUACAUUGUUUGAACCCCACUAGUUGAUAUAUGAUUGAUAAGAGGUUAUCACAGAAUAAUUUGAGUUUGUUGUCAAAUAUGUUUCCCACUAUUGUGAAAUGUGGCAGUUGGCUAAUGUGCAUAUGAAAAUGAAUGUGGGCUCUGAUGAGUAAAAUCUCAAGUCUUUCAUUGAAUCCUUCUAUGCUCAAUUCAUUGUGGGGGGAAAAAGCUUCUGGUCUUACUAGAGAGAAAGAAAAAUUACAAUGAGGAAAAGGCAGUUUGUUAUUUGGGACCAAAAAGAGCUCUGGUCUCUGGUUGAAUUUAUUCAUCCUGAAUUUUUCCCCUUCUAAUCUCCCGACCGCACUUCAAAAGAAACACACUAGUAUGGAGGAUAAGAAGAAAUUGAGCUGGUAGAGAGGAAUCAAUGAAAAAAAAAAGAGAUUUUACUGUCGGCUUCUUUUUGCUUGUACAGCAGUUUUUCACAAUGUACUCUGAUUUUUUUCAGGCUAGAAUCAGUUCUAGAGUUUGUAUUUUCUCCUCUGGUAUCUGUCACUCAUUCAAAUAAAAGAUGGAGAGUUGA